AUGGCACUCGGGAUCUUUUCUUUCGGCUCCUGGAUGUACAAGGCCAUUUCCGUGGCCCUUUUGGCUUCAUGGUCAAUAUCCACACUGAUCUUCACUCUUCUCAAUGUCGUCAACGACAAAGGAAGUCUCAUGGAGACAAUCGGAUCAGUCAGUCUUCUCACAUAUCUGGCAUGUCGCCUGAUCCUAUUCCUCCAGCCAACAACUAGUCGAAACGAUUCCAUUGCUCACUUCUUUACAACCGCCCAUCUACGAUCACGUAAAGAGGCCCUCGUGAUGUUUCUGAUUUCAUGGACUUGGCUCUAUGAACUGGCAUAUCAAUUCUUUUUCAUGCUGUUCGCCACGAUUUUUGGAGGUGCUAUCGCGGUUGCUAUCUAUAAUGAUCCAGAUCUAGAUCUAAGCGAAUCAGAUAUGGACAAUACUGCCCUGGCUAAUAUCGAAGAAUUCACAGAAAAGUCGGGAUUGGAUCUACGGACAAGCCUGAACUGGGUUCCACCUAGGGCGUUGGUUUAUGUUGGUCUCAUUUUGUGGCUUAACUUUGCGUCUCUGUGUGUUUAUGUACUUCGCGUUUCGUGGAGGUCGGCUAAAGUCGCUCUUGGAAAUUCAUCCCACCCUCCAGUAUAG